AUGGAUCAGAAUCGAGGGUUUCGGGAAGUAGCGCCCCCCGAUGAAGCUGAGCAGCAUGCGCAGCGAAGUCAGCUAACCAUGAACAAAACCGGCAAGCGAAGCUACCAAAGAGCUUGUAAAGUUGCCCUGGCGAAGGGAGCAGCACUUUACAAAGGCCGUCUUCUGACAGCUCAGGCUCUAGGAGCUCAUGAAGGACAAUUCGCGUCUCCUGCGAAAGCGGAGAAGCGAUCUUUUCAACCGAACAGACAGAUCCAUCACAAAUUUGACAUGGAAGUCCUUACUUGGAACGCAGGCUCAAUUACAAGCCGAGUUUGGAACGAGACUCUGGCCCUUUUGGCAACAACAGAGUACAAGAACAUCAAAAUCGUCUUCCUGCAGGAAUCGCAUUGGCAGCAGGACCAGGUCUACAGCUCAGGCCCGUGGUCAGUCUUAACCUGUGGCUCAACAAGUAGACACAAGGCUGGCCUGGUUGUCUUGGUGCAUAGCUCACUGGCUCCUCUUUCAGAAAUUCGCAGCACUUCCAUUGUUCCAGGGCAUUUGCAGCACGUCAUGAUCCCGUGGCAGAGAUCCAGAAUACAUCUCCUGAACCUGUGCCAGCACGUCUGGGAUUCAAAGCUCUCGAAGACGGAAAACAGAGGCAGGAGAAAGGACGUGAUGACACAGCUCGAAAAUCGAAUACAGAGAGUCCCACAACGUGACUUCUUGAUUGUGGCUGGGGAUUUCAAUGCGCAUGCGGUGACUGAACGUCCUCAUAUCGGACCAAGUGUGCCUCAUCGAGUACGGUUUGCAAAUGCGGAUGUGAAGACACUGCCCUCGCUCUGCAAAUCCUGUGGACUAACUGCGCUGAACACAUGGGCUUCUGGCCAUCGCAGUACGUAUGCUAACAGUGAUGGCACAUAUUCCUCUCAGAUCGAUUUUUUGCUGGUCAGACUGCACGAUGCUCGGAGGAGAUCCAAGGAGGCCUACUCGGAUAAGAACUUUCCUGUGGCUGCCUACAGAGAUGGAUCAAAACACUUUCCAGUGCGAGCCACUCUGUUCAUUCCUCCUUACAGUCCUACACCCAGCAAGCCACGGCCGUUUGAUGCCACAGCCCUGGAUGCGAGCUUUCGGCGGAAAGAUGACAACUGGCAGGCAUACUCACAUCGUCUGACGGAAGCAGUGGUGAGGACAAUGCAAGUGAGACCGUCUUGGCAAGAACUGGAUGAAGUGAUGGUUAGUGUAUCAGCUGAGCACUAUCCUCCUCCACGCAAGUCUCAGCCAGUUGCAGGUCCUAUUCAUCAGGAAUACUGGAAGAAAGUGCGGCAAAUCCAGGCGCACAAGAGGGCUGGAACCGAGCAUAAUUCAGAAUGCCAGAAGCUUGUGGAGGACAUCAAGGAGGAGGCGCGGACUUUCAAAAAACAGCAAAAACAAAGAAAGCUAGAGAAGCAAGAGCAGUUGCUUCUACAAGCCCAGGAAGAUAAAAGGCAACAAUCCCACAAACUGGCUCAUACUCUCAGGAAACUUGCUCCGUGGCGCCCAGUGCAGAGAGUCAACCUAAGGGAUCAAGCAGGUGAGCAGCUUGAUACGGAGGCCUCACUAAAAACUAUGCGCGAAUACUCGAGUCAAAUCUUCUCCAAAAGUUCUCCUUUGCACUCAGUAGCUGCUGUGCCCAGAGCAGCGAUCACCGCCUUGCAGGUAUCCUCACAAAUCAAGACAGUGCCAGUGGGGAAAGCAGUCCCCAGCACCUCAGCCCCAGUAUCAGCUUGGAAGAGUCUAGGUCCUGAAGCCCACGAACACAUAGCAGGUCUAAUCAACUCUGAGGUGUCCCAUUCUGAAAUUUCCCCUUAUCUAAAGGACCCUCGAAUUGCAUGGAUCCCCAAGCCGGGCAAGCCAGCCACCGCCAUGAAAAACCUGAGGCCCAUAGGAGUCAUCAGCGUGCCAGGCAAAGUGCUAGCAGGCGCAGUGAAGACUCGCAUUGCACCAGCACUGCAGGAGAGCUCACAACUUCAGCCUCAAUUUGCGUACAUUAGGCAGAGGGGGGUGCGGGACGCCAUCGCGAAAGCAUGUCAGCACCUUGAUUUCGUGCAGCAGCUCCGUCAAGUGCAUCGCAGGGACCUGCACAAGUCCCAACGCGGAGCCAGGCAGGCUCAGCUGUCAGGGGCACUUACUAUUUCGGUUGAUCUGAGCAAAGCUUUUGAUUCUGUUAAUAGACAUGAGCUGCUAGCUGCCUUGGAUCGCCUGGGAACAGACCCUGUUACGAAAGAACUGGUAGUUCAACUACACAGUGAGACCUCCUACAACAUGGGCACAAGUGGACUAGAGAUUCAAGUUCCCACUUCUUCAGGAAUCAAACAAGGUUGCAAGCUAGCCCCGGCAUUGUGGUCUGCGCUGACACUUCUAGUCAUGAGCAGAAUGGAGCAGAAAUGGGGCCCAGAUAGCAAGCAAGCUAGGGACAUCCUAACAGUCUUUGCAGACGAUUUCCUGCUCCAGGAAACCUUCUCGAGCUUUCCUGAACUUCAGAAAGUCCUGCUCAGAAUAGAGGCUCUCUUUCAGUCUCUUGAGGACGUGGGGCUGGAAGUCAAUCCAACGAAGUCCAAAGCCUUGCUAAUGGUUCAGGGCACUCAGCAGUCCAUCUUUCGCAAGAAGCACACGAUGCGCAAAGAGAAGCAGUUGCACAUCGUCCUUCCCUCAGGACAUAAGAUUCCGAUUCAUCACAAACUAACAUAUCUAGGGGUGCAGCUCAGCUAUGGAUCCUACAAAGACCAGACGGUUGACUAUAGGAUCGCCCAAGCUCAAGGCAAGUUUGAGCUACUUCGACACAUCCUGUGCUCCACUAAGGCCUUGGAGGCUUCAAAGAAGUUGGAGAUCUGGAGGGUCUAUGUGGAAUCCUCACUCUUGCAUGGGCUUGUGGCCACUGGCAUCACCUCAUCAGGUCUUCAGAAGCUUCAGAGUAAAUACUCGAGGAUGCUAAGAUCCAUCUUUAAGCAACAUCAGCACUACAGCCAUAUUGACACGAAGACUCUGUUCGAGCAAUAUAAGGUUCAGACUCCUCAAGCAGUUUUGAUCAGCCAGAUGAAAAACUAUCAAGACGCACUAGAUGCCUGUCAGAAGUCCAACCCGGAUCAGAACAUACAGUGGCAUCUGGGACUUAGAGGUAGGAUUGUUGCGCUGCAACAGGAGCUUCAGAGCAUGCAUUUGGACCUGAUCGAGGCAGACCAGGAGGUACCGUGCUCUCUGUGCGAUCGGAAAUUUUCCAGCGCUAAGGGUCUUCAGCAACAUACUCUGGUGAAGCAUGGAGGACAGCGUGCGAAUCAGCUAGGCCCAAAAUUUCAGGUCACUGUGCAUGCUGCAAAGGACUUCCGCAAUGUGCGGCAUGCAACAGGCAGUUGCGCACAAUGCAUCAACUUCGCAGACAUGUGGAGUCAGGCAUUUGCCCUCAGCUGCACGAGCUCAAAGAACGAGCCAAAUCCUGUACAAGCUCAGAAAGCAUAG